GACGACGGUUGGUUGUCGCAUUGCAUUCUGGCUUUUGUAGUCCGUUUCUUAUCUCCCUCCAUUGUCAUCGUCCCUGUAGAGCACAAGCUCUCUGCCACGAUGAUGGCCUCAGGCAGCACAGUAGCACCGACAGCUGAAAAUGGAAAUGCAGGAAACAAGAGGACCCCGUGUCCGUUACACGGCUGUAAGCGCGUGUACUCAGAUGUGAGCGCCCUGGACAGCCACAUAAAGGACCAUGAGAUCCCGGCUCAGUCUCUCCCUGGAAAGAUCUUGCUGUGUUCCACGGUCAGCUGUAGUGGUUCCUUCCCCAACAUGCAGAAACUGAUGGAACAUAUGAGGCAUCAUCACAAACCCAACAUGUUCUUCUUGUGUGAAAGCUGUCGCACAAAGUUGCGGUCCUACCGUGGCCUCCUGACUCACCUGCACACCUGUUCCAAGGUGCCACGGGGCAAAACAAAACCUGCUGAACCAACACCCCCUCAGCCUGCCGCCGUCACCAACCCAAAUGUGACCCCUGUGGCCAUGGACCAGAACCCCCCACAGCUGAACUCUGUGUCUACACCCCAGCAACUGCCCUCUCAAAUCCAGAACCAAGAUGGUUCCUUCCCUGCUGCCGUUUCUCAGCCAGACUCCGCUGCCUCCCCUCUCCUCGGCCCCCCCUUCCUAUCUCACCAGGAGAGCUCCCCUCCCCAGCUUGCUCCUCAGCAGCUCGCAGAGGCAGUUCCCCUGCCUUUGCUUAGAAAUGGUGUGUCUAAUCUGCUUCCAUCUCUAAACCUGGAUGGUCCUUUGGCAGCUUCUGAACCCUCUGAUACCCAGACACAGACCAUAUCUCUUGAGCCUGUCCAUCCUGCUCCAGUAUCAGCUCCCCACUCUCCUCCUGGGUCCUCAGCAGUCUGGAAGAAGAAUCAAGGUAUGGCCUGUAACAGACGCAUCCUUUGGGAGCACACUAAAGGGCGCUACACGUGUGUGCAGUGCGGCCACACGGCAACCAACCGCAAGGAGAUGACUCAACACAUAAACACCCAUCACAGCAGUAACAAACCUGCAGAAGAUACAGGGAGCUCUGCAACUAAAACAUAAGCCACUUUCACACAUGCACUGCAAACCUGAAAUUUACCUGUCAGAGCUGUACGUGUGAACACAAAUGUCAGUCAGACUGGACAUUAAUCAGACUUUACCGCACCAGCUCUCUAAUACAAACUUUGUGUGAUGUCUGAUUGAGCUAAUGUGUGAAUUGAACAGGUCACUGUUUGGAGAAUUUACAGAAAGUGAACAAGUGUGUUCAUGACGUUCUCUCUUGCAGCACAGAGUUCUAAACUGAUUAUUUGUCAGUGUUCUUAAACAUUUAAUAUGACUUUGUCUAUUUCCGCAAAGUGCUUCAUGAGUUUUUGCAUAUUACUGUCAUGCACAGACUUUUCAUUACAUAUCAAACUUCAACUCCACGCUGCCCUCUCACGUCUUACUGCAUUACUACUACCACUGUUCUUUUAAUGAUAUGUUGAAGAAUAACUGUCUUUCAUUGUAAUUUGGUGCCUGCUAUAAAUGACAAGCUUAAAAAAAUAAAAUUUUAAUUUGUGUCCCAUA